CCGUUUUGGAGACGCAGCCUACUUACUAUUCCUGACUGGGUUUAUUUGCCUGAGAAUUGGCAAGAUGUCCAACAAUAUGACAGACUAUGAUGACAAUUCUCUAUCCCUACAACUAAACGAAAAGAUGACAUAUCUAAAUACAAUCAGAAUGCUAUACAUCACUGGAUAUAUCAUCAUCUGCACCCUUGGCCUGGUUCUCAACCUUUUAGUCCUUAUAUCUGGCAUCUAUAACAAACACAGGUCUGAUACUGCUAAAUGCAUCCUGGCAUUAGCCGUGACUCACUUGAUCUUCUCAGCAUUCCUGCCACUUCAGAUCCUCUACAGCUGGUUUCACUUCAACUGGCACUAUGGAACAGCUCUGUGCAAACUCUCAUCUUAUGUAUUUUAUGCCAGCCUGUUCUCCACAGCAGGUAUACUGACUGUAUGGAGUGUCGCUGAAAAAUGUAAAGUAAUGCACUGCAUAAACUUCAAGAGUUCCUUAUUAGUCCUGACCAUGAUACUGCUUACCUGGACAUUUGCAGCAGUUCUAAGCCUCCCGUCUUUGUUCUCCAGAGAGCUUCGAUACACGAUCUAUGGGGAGGAAUGCAUUGAUGAUUAUGAUUUUGAUGAUGAAAAAAUGACAAAGGAUGGCAAGACAAAGCUAACUACUGUAGUUUGUUAUAGACUUCUACUUGGGAUUUUGAUUCCUGUAUUUCUGAUUGGUAUCAGUCGUUCCUGUCAGCAGCAAGGCUUGAAAAAGAACUUGAAGCGAAUCAUGUGUUUGAUAAACGUAGCUUACAUUGUGUGCUGGACUCCUCUGUUAAUCACUGCGUUUCUACAGGUCGUUCUAAAAGAGUUUGAUCCUUCCAAAUAUGGUUUACCUGUAACAACUGUGCUGGCUGCGGCUCACUGCUGUGUUAAUCCAGUCAUCUAUAUUUUGGUGAGUCACGACAUUAAAAUGCAAUGGAUGAAACAUGGACAAGAAUCUGAUCAAUCAACCAACGGUUAUAUUUAACGCCUAAAGGACUCCUGACAUGAUAUGUUGUCAGUUGUUAUCUGUCAUUCCGUAUUCAUGAAUAAUCAAGUAAUGUAUACUCAUGCUUAUGCAAACAGAAAAAAAGCUAAAGAGUAUGUGCCUAAUUUGGUCCAGCAGUAUAAACCUUAAUCGGGUAUGUUUAUUAUUUACAGGAAUCUUAAUUAUUUUCUUUAUUAUAAUUUUUUUUAUUGAUGUUUAACAUGUCUGCAUUAUUGAGAACAAAACCAUUUGCUAUUUACAAACAUAAUUUAAUAAAUAAUAAAUAGUAACUAUUAAACAUUGUAUGUUACAAAAAAUAUUUGCAUGCUUUUAAAAAAAAUCACAAUACACUCAGCAGCCACUUCAUUAGGUACAAUACAAGUUGUACCUAAUGAACAAGUUACAAGUACUGGGUUGGACUACCUUUUGCCUGAAUGAAUUCUUUUUUGGCAUAGAUUUAAGAAGGUGCUGGAACCAUUCCUUAAAAAUGUUGGCCUAUAUUGAUGCAUACAAAUAUCAUCUGUUCAAGAUUUGUUGUUUGCACAUUUAUGUUGUGAGUGUCCACAUUCCAAAGAUGCUCUAUUGGGCCUGAAAUCUGGUAACUGUAAAGACCUUUUAACUAAUUGGCAUGUUUAAGAAACCAGUUUGAGAUGAUUUUAGUGUUGUGACAUAGGGCAUUAUACUGUGGUCAUUAUGGGGUGAACAUGGUCAGCAAUAAAACUCAGAUAGGCUGUCACAUUUUAACAGUGCUAAAUAGGUACUAAGCAGCCAAAAUUGUUUGAAGAAAAUAUCUGCCACACCAUUACACCACCACCACCAGCCAGAACUUUUAAUACAAGACAGGAUGGAUCCAUGCUUUUAGUGUCAAAAAUACUUAAAUCUCCUUUCUUCCCUAUUCUAAGGCUCAAAUUGAAUUUCAGCAGAUCAUAAUUAUGAUUUCUGCGUGCCAAAAAAAGCAUUGAGUUGCUGCCAUGUGAUUGGCUAAUUAGGAUUAGAUAUUUGUGUUAACAAGCAAUUGAACCUAAUAAAGUGGCCAGUGAGUGUAUUACAUAACACACCAGUUUUCAGAUAAAAACAAAAAGCAUAAUGAAAAAGUAUACCCCAAAGAACUGUGGCAUAUUUUAAACAAUGGUCAGUAUAACUUACCAUGUAAUUUACUUAUAACACUUCUUUCAUUUUUACCUGACAUUACUAAUAUUCUUUUUUGUUAUGAUUUUAUUAUUAU